AAAAUAGACUUAAUGAAUAAGAUGGUCAAAAACUUUUAUCAAAAAAUUCCACCUAGAACCAUUCCAAAUGGCGAACACCGGAUAAAGCCUCAUAAAUAAGGCCUUAUGUGACCUUUUUUGGAGUUCUGGACCUUCUGGUCAUAUUUCUAGAUAGGAAGAAAGAACAUAUUGCAAUGGAAGAAAGGGCAGUUGAAGCGAUAAAGCACGCCCUGAAGGAACUCCGGAAGCGGCAUUUACUCGAAGAAGGGGCUCAUCUUCCUGCCUUCACCGCCCUUUCUCGCCCUCUUGUUCAGCAGGGCUCAGAAUGGAAAGAUAAAGCUGAACGUCUUGAAGUAGAGCUUCAACAAUGUUAUAAAGCUCAAUCUCGUUUGUCAGAGCAGCUUGUUGUUGAAGUGGCUGAGUCUAGAGCUUCAAAAGCUUUUGUUCAAGAAAAGGAAGCUAUAAUUACUGACUUGCAAAAUGAGCUUGUCCAAGCAAGGGAUGAAUGUUCUAGGCUAAGUGCACUUCUUGAAGAAAAGACCAAUGCUCUUGAAUUGAUUACUAGUGAGCACAAAGACAUUAAAGCAAAGCUUGAAGAAAUGACUGAAAAAGCUGAGAACGCUGAGGCAGAAAAUAAGAUGUUGGUUGAUCGUUGGAUGCUACAAAAAAUGCAGGACGCUGAACGCCUUAAUGAGGUAUUAUUACUUGUACUCCUUUGUUUCUACCCUUUAGGUUGACAUUCGACAAUUUUAUCCGAUCCAUGCACUGUCAUUGUAAACAUGCAUCCUUUGCUUUGAAAAAUCACUGCUGAAAAAAAUUACUGCUGAAAAAAGUCACUGCAGAAAUGCUUUUGUUGGAUCUGGGCCAUGCGGCAUUACUUGUUUCUACAGAUCAUCAUUGUUUGUGGUGUUUUAGAUUUUUAUGGUUGUUGACUUGUUUCAAAUAAACAUGAUCUAAUAACAAUAGAACAGACCAGACUUUGACAUUUGCAAAAUGCACACAAAAAACACGUACCAUACCAGACUUUGACAGUUGCAAAAUGCACAUAAAAAACAUCUAACAGGCCAGAACAUUUCAAUCCAAUUAAAAAUGAAACUAGGAAUAAGAUUCUGCCAGUAAUAAAAUAGUUAAAGGAGGACUGAACAUGAAUAAUAUCCAGUAAUUUGGUUAGCUUACCAAACAAAAGAAGGGAUUAAUGUGUUCUCUCUCUUUUCUUUUAUCUUUUAUCUUCUUUAUCUUUCUACGUUCUUAUGUUAUUCUUAUCUUUUAUCUUUCUUAUGUUCUUUUUAUCUAAUAAUUAUCUUUAUCUUAUCCAUUUUAUUUUACCUUAUCUUUUUUAUUUUUAUUAUUUUCUUUCCUUUUUGGCUCUAAUAUCAUGGAUCGGUUCAUGUUAGCCGACCCCAAAAUCUUUUGGGAAUAAGGCUUGGAUGUUGUUGUAAUUGUGUGGUUUUUUUGUUCUAAUUUCAUAUAUCGAUUCAUGUUAGCCGACCCUAAUGUCUUUUGGGACUAAGGCUUGGAUGUUGUUGUAUUUGUGUGGUUUUUAAGGAGUAAAAUUGAAUUUAUAGACAUGUAGUCCAUGAAAAUACUCAUUCUAAACAAUCAAGACAGACAGUGUUAAGUAUCUAUCUGGAAUCAGUAAGAUCUUCAUUUUCAUUUCAUUUUCAUUUACCCCAGUGCCGCAAAGGCUCCUACCUACGGUAGGGUAAGGGGGGGUCGGAUGUACGCAGUCUUACCCCUGUACUAAAGCACAGAGAGACUGUUUCCGGAUGACCCAUAGUGAAAAUACCAUCCAAAAUUGCAUGGACUGACUGCUGCUUCAUAACAAAGAAGCGCAGACAGUUUAGUGAGUCAUUUUGCUUUAUUCCAUCAUAAUCUCAAGCCAAAAAAUAAUGAAUCUUUGGCUCCAUUGCAAAUGAUGGAAAAUGGAAUCAGUAAGAUCUGCGACAGGAAAAUAGGAACGAAGAUGAACAGUAAAGAAGAUUUGUUAUUCGAUCAACAGAGAAGAGAGAGAAAGUGUCCUGGCAGUUUAAAGAGAGCCACUCUCCAUGUCCCAGCCCAAAUGAAACAAUACAAACCUGCCUUAUUCUGUUAUUAGCUAUCUAUUUAUAGAACCCCCUUUUCCGGUUCCCCAAAUACAAUUUCAGCUACUUCUUAUUUCUUCUAACAUACAUUUUGUCAAAAUAGCUAAUAUUAUUAUUAAAUGGCUGGCUACCAGUGGCUCUAACACAGAGAUAGUGUGUGGAUGUCUUAGUAGCUAUAAGUGUAAGCAUUGGUUGCAGGUUAGAAUGACCAUAACUCAUUUGAUUUUGAAUAUAACGGUUGAAAGUUUGUAACUGUGGACACACACACACAUGUAUAAAUACUCCCUUUGUCCAUUUUUUGUGUAUGAUCUUUAUUUUUAGGCCAAUUCUCUAUACGAAGAGAUGCUGGAUAAACUCAAGGCCAGUAAUAUAGAGCAACUUGCUCGUCAGCAAGUUGAUGGGGUUGUCCGGCGAAGUGAAGAGGGUGCAGAAUACUACACAGAGUCAACUAUUCCCACUUCCUGCAAGCAAAGGAUCACUGCUCAUGAAGGGGGCUGUGCUUCUAUCAUGUUCGAGUAUAAUGCAAGCCAAUUGAUUAGUGGAGGGCAGGAUCAGACAAUCAAAAUGUGGGAUACCAACAGUGGGUCAUUAAGCAAGACACUUCAUGGUGGUUUGGGCUCUGUUCUUGAUCUUUCUAUAACUCAUGAUAACCGAUCCAUCAUUGCGGCUAGUAGUUCGAACAACCUAUAUGUGUGGGAUGUUGGUACUGGCAGGAUAAGACACACUCUCACUGGCCACAAAGAUAAAGUGUGUGCUGUAGAUGUGGGAAAAUGCUCAAGUCGGCAUGUCGCAAGUGCAGCUUAUGAUCGUACAAUUAAAAUUUGGGAUCUAAUGAAAGGAUACUGUGUGAACACAAUUAUUUUCUACAGCAACUGCAACAGCCUUUGUUUCAGCCUGGAUGGACAGACCAUUUGUUCUGGUCAUGUAGAUGGGAAUCUCCGCCUGUGGGAUUUCCAAACAGGAAAGCUUCUGAGUGAAGUUGCUGCACAUUCUCAGGCUGUAACAUCUGUGUCAUUGUCCCGAAAUGGGAACAUGAUAUUGACAAGUGGGAGGGAUAACUUGCACAAUUUGUUUGACAUUCGUACUCUUGAAGUAUGUGGCACAUUCAAGGCAAGCGGUAACCGGAUUGCAUCUAAUUGGAGCCGAUCAUGCCUCAGUGCAGAUGACAGCUGUGUAUCUGCUGGAUUUGCUGAUGGUUCUGUUCAUGUAUGGUCAAUAUCGAAUGGUAAAAUUGUGAGAACACUGAAAGAACACACUGCACCAGUUCUAUGUUGUUCAUGGAGUGGCCUUGGUAAACCUUUGGCAACCUCUGAUAAGAGCGGGAUUAUAAGUAUAUGGUCAUGAUGAGGGUGUGCUACUUCUUAUGACAGAGAAGGACAGUCAGUAUUGAUCCGUUUGAAAGUCACAACUCAAGGAACAUGACCGGCGGACAGUAAUAUAUAACUUCUCAUUAUCAAUGGAAAUAUAUUUGAUGCCGGAUGUGAAAAAUGUAUAUAACUUUUUCUGCACUUUUUGUUAUCCGUUUAGGCAAAUAUAUGUACGGUGUUUUAAACUUCUGAAGUUCUUAUUAUCACUAGAGAUUCAACAAUGCAUUGAGGUCACAAGGAAAAUGUUCAUACAAUCUCUAUACAAGUUGGUCUUUGUUCUUACCCUUGGUC